CACCACACUGUCACUCUAACACAGCAUCGCACUAUCACACCAGCACAGCACUACUAUGUCACACCAGUACAGCACCACACGGUCACACUACCACAGCACUGCACUGUCACACCACCACAGAACCACUCUGUCACACCAACACACCACCACAUUGUCACACCAGCACAGACCACACUGUUACACCAGCACACCACCACAGCACCACAUUGUCACACCAGUACAGCACCGCACUGUCACACCACCACAGCACCACACUGUCACGCCACCACAGUACCACUGUGUCACACCAGCACACCAGCACAACACCACUGUUACACCACCACAACACUACUCUGUCACACCAGCACACAUGUACAGCACCACUGUCACACCACCACAGUACCACUGUCACAGCAGUACAGCACCACUCUGUCACACCACCGCACCAACACAGCACCAGUUUGUCACACCAGCACAGCACCACACUGUCACACUAGCACAGCAGAACACCGGAACACAGAGGUG